AUGGCCACCGUCAACCCUCCAAAUGACUCCAAUGACUCCAACCCUCUCUCAAAUCCCCCAGCCACCGUCACUUCCCCUGUACCCUCUAAUAUUGUUAUUCAACAAGACACCUCCUCGUUCCCCAUUACUGUUGUCCUUGAUGAUAACAACUAUCCUCUUUGGUCCCAACUAAUGGACAUGAGGAUCGGAGCUCGGAACAAGUCGGGAUUUCUCACUGGAACCACAACGAAACCAGCAACCACUGAUCCGACGUAUGAAUCCUGGAUCACCGACAACAAGCGGGUGAAAAGUUGGUUGAUCGACUCGAUGACUCCUCAACUGAUGCAACGCUUCAUCCGCCUCGACUCCGCUCAUGAAAUCUGGGAUGCGGCUCGCCGGACCUUUUAUGAUGGUUCAGAUGAAACUUGCCUUUUCGAACUCAACCAACGCUCCUUCUCAACCAAGCAAAACGGUCGUCCUCUGUCUACAUACUACAAUGAACUCCUCUCCAUAUUUCAAGAAAUUGAUCACCGAAUGACCUCCCCUGCCACCACCGUGAACGAAAUACUUCAAACACACUCAUCCCUGUCUCGUAUGCGUGUCCACAUCUUCCUUAGUGGACUGGACUCUGAUUUCGACCAAGUCCGUGGUGAAAUCCUUCGAAAAGAUCCCAAAUUGGAUUUGGAAAACUCGUAUGCAUAUGUUCGGCGAGAAUAUCAGCAGCGUAUUACCAUGGGCCGUCCUUCACUCACAUCAGAUUCUUCGGCCCUACUGUCACAGGUUCCUCGACCUUCCCCUGUUCCUCCUAAAUUUCGCAAAGAGGGUUCUUCUGGGAAAACCCUUGUUUGUUCACACUGUGGUGAAUCUGGACAUUCAAAGACUCGUUGCUAUAAAAUUGUUGGAUAUCCUGAGUGGUGGGAUUUUAACAAGCGUCCUCGCAGAAAGGUACUAUCCAAAGCCCUCCAGUCUUCCACCGAAGGUGAAUCCUCUCCACACCCUCGUGCUAAUGCUGUGUAUGAAGGAAUUUUAGGUAACUCUCUUACUCUUUCUGCUCACUCUCGGAAUUCUUCAUGGAUAAUUGACACUGGGGCGUCAGAUCAUAUGAUUCGUGAUGCCUCCGCCCUACAAAAUUGCUUUCCUUGCCCAACAACCACUAUCACCACUGCUAAUGGUGGUUCUGCUUCUGUUACUGGUCAGGGUACCGUUGUUCUUACCCCCCACAUUACUCUUCACUCUGUGCUUCUUGUUCCCUCUCUAGACUUUAAUUUACUCUCAGUGAUUGGCUAUGGUGUUAGACGAGGAAAUCUCUACUUCUUGGACCUCUCUGUUGAUGAACCAGAUCCACAUGGAAGAGCCUCUGUGACUACAUCUCCAGGCUAUUCUGAUCUCCAAAAAGGAUACAGAUGUUUUGAUCCCAAGUCCCAUAAAAUGUUUGUCACCCUUGAAGUUUCCUUUAGAGAAACCGAACCCUUCUAUUCAGGGGGAGCCCCUUCUUCUCCUUCUCAGGGGGAGAUUCAGCAUAUUAGAGAAGGAGAAUUUUGGUUAUCAUCCCAUGUGACCCCUAUUCCGGCACCCCCUCUUCCUACAAAUCAAAUUCCUCCUCAAGUUCCAAUCUCUGAACCACCUGAAACAAUCCAUCAUAGUACAGACCCUCCUUCACCGCAUGAGAUUCCAAGUUUACCACACAUAGCUGAGUCACCUGCAGAGGACAACACUGAAGCACAAGCAGAAACCACUACUGAGGUAAGUCCUGUCCGUAAUAUAGAACUUUCAAUUACUACUCCUAGCAUCCCAUCCCCACAAGUCAGAAGGUCAGAUAGACCAACCAAAGGUAUACCAAAACCUUUUUAUGAAGCAGAUCCAAAAGCAAAAGUCAAGUAUCCCAUAAGCAAUUAUGUUUCCUCUCACAAGCUAUCCGGAUCAUAUGCUCUAACACUCAAUCAAUUAUCCACUGUAUCUCUUUCUAAUAGUGUGCAGGAAGCGUUGGAGGACCCAAAAUGGAAACAAGCAAUGAACAUCGAAAUGGAAGCACUCCAAAAGAAUGAAACAUGGAUGUUAACUUCCUUACCUAAUGGCAAAAGAAAAAUUGGAUGCAAGUGGGUGUACACCGUAAAGCUCAAGGCAGAUGGAAGUAUUGAUAGAUACAAAGCGAGACUUGUGGCAAAAGGAUAA